AUGGAUAGAUUAGGAGAGACGGCCUCUAGGCCUAAGAAGUACAGCACUGAGCUCACUGACUACUCGGCAGUCCACGCCGAUAAGACUGGGCCAUAUGCCGAAAACCUCGAGGUCGAUGCUUUGGUCGUGGGUGCCGGUUUUGCCGGUGUCUUCAUGCUCAAGACCCUCCGCGAUCGCGGCCUGAAAACGGUCAUUUUUGAGGCUGGCAACGAUACGGGUGGCACCUGGAGAUGGAACUGCUACCCCGGCGCCGGCGUCGACUCCGAAGUCCCGGAGUACGAAUUCUAUUGGCCUGAGGUAUACAAGACAUGGAACUGGCCCAACAACUACCCUGACUACAAAAACCUGCGUGAUUACUUUGAUCACGUCGACAAGGUAAUUGGUAUCAAAAAGGACUGCGCUUUCAACACCGUUGUGGUUGAAGCCCAAUUCGAUACGAAGGAGGGGAAAUGGAAUAUUAAGACUGCAGAUGGUCGCAUGACCAAGGCCAAAUACCUCGUCCUUGGAACCGGCUUUGCCGCCAAGCGUUAUAUUCCCCCAUGGCCCGGUAUGGACAAGUUCAAGGGCGUCGUUCACCACUCGUCUUUCUGGCCUGAGGAAGAGGUCGACGUGAAAAAUAAGCGCUGUGCCAUCAUCGGUACCGGUGCCUCGGGUGUGCAAAUCACGCAGGCCUGGGGCCCCGAGGCCGGCGACCUCAAGGUCUUCCAGCGAACUCCUAACCUCGCCAUGCCCAUGCGCAAGCGCGACCUCACUGUCAAGGAGCAGGAGCGCAUCAAGCCCUACUACCCAGAGUUGUUCCGGUACCGUGAGGCCAACUAUGCCGGCUUCAUGUAUGGCUGGUGCGAGCGCAACACCUUUGAUGAUACGCCGGAGGAGCGCGAGGCCUUCUACGAGACCAACAAAGAGUCGUACAAUUUCUGGGCCAAGAAGACUCGUGCUCGUGUUGGCGACCCCAAGCUGAGGGAGCUGCUUGCGCCGCGGGAGAUGCCGCACUACUUUGGUAUCAAACGGCCAUGUCUAGAGAAGAACUAUUACGAGCAGUUCAACCGGGAAUCAGUGCACCUGGUCAACAUCAAGAAUAACCCGAUCAAGGAGUUUACCGAGACCGGUAUCACCCUUGAAGACGGAACUCACCAUGAGCUUGAUGUCGUUGCUGUCGCAACUGGAUUUGAUGUUGUCACCGGCGUCAUGACCCAGCUCGGCCUGAAGAGCAUCAACGGCGCCAAGCUUGAGAAGGAAUGGAUCCAAGGCGCAAAGACCUACCUCGGCACCACCGUCAGCGGCUACCCCAACAUGUUCCACAUCUAUGGCCCGCACGGCCCGACGCUCCUUUGUAAUGGUCCCACAUCAGUCGCGGUGCAGGGCCGGUGGAUUGCCGACGCUAUUGCCAAGAUUGAGGCCAAUGGCAUCAAGUACAUCAACCCGAAGAUCGAAGCCGCUGAUAAAUGGAAGAAGCAUGUUAUCGAGCUUAACGACAGGACCCUCUUCCCCACGACGAGGUCAACGUACAUGGGUGGCAGCAUCCCUGACAAGGUUUAUGAACCAGUGUGCUACUCUGGUGGUAUCCCGGCUUAUGCCAUCGAGAUUCGGAAUGCCUUGGAUAAGUUGGAGGAGGGAUUUGACGUCGUCAAGGCUUGA